AUGGCCUCUUUGCGCAAAUUGAUCCAAUUUCAAUUUCCCCUGUUCUGCUCUGUCCUCUUAGUAGCUCCUCUAUAUUCAACUGCUGCUCCACUUUCAAAACCCAAUAAUGCGAUAGCACUUGUUAACAAAGUUUGCUCAGGUAUGAAAGACAAAUCGUCAUGCAUAAAUUACCUCAAAAGCAAUCCUAAGGUAAUGGCAGCUGCAGCAACAUCAAAACCCUUAGAAUUUGCACUUGCCAUUCUUCAGUCAGCAGUGGACCAAUCAAAAAAUACACAUUCAUAUCUAUCGAAACACAAGAGAGGAAAACUCAGUCCACAAGCUAUUGAGGCUUAUGCUCUUUGCAAAACUUAUUGGGAUGAAGUGGCUAGUGGAUUGGAAGGGAAUCUUAAGGUUAUUAAAAAGGAUAAAGGCUAUGCUAGUGAUACAUCAGAUUAUGAUCUUAAGGUGACUCUCGACAAUGCCACAAGUUGUGCAACUGGGUUAGCCAACGCACAAAUUCAAGAUCCUGAAAUAGCAAAAGGAUUAAACAAUACGCAGAUGGCUGUAGGAGCUGCAGACACCAUUCUUGAGGGGCUAAAACCUCCCAAAAAGCUUAAUAUAAAACUUUGA